UAUGUGUGUGCGCACUCCAAUUAAGUUUGGCCAAUCCAUUUUAUAUUUUUUUUGGUGAUGAGAUAUUUCUCAAAAAUGAAACAAAAGUGUUGUAAAAGAAUAGGUGUUAGACAAUACAAGAAAUCAUCAAUACCUAGACUUAGAUGGACACCACAACUUCAUGAACUUUUCAUUGAAGCUGUUCAACUUCUUGGAGGAGGACAUAAAGCAACUCCAAAGAGAAUUCAACAAAUGAUGGCAGUAAAGGGAUUGAAGAUUUCUCAUGUUAAAAGCCAUCUCCAGAUGUAUAGAAACUUGAAGGAGAGAGGCAACCUCAAUAUGGUUAGGUCUGUGAACAACUUCCAUGAAGAGACACCACAAUUCUCAUGGUCUUCACCACAGCAUGUGUGUGAAGCAUUAUUAGAACAUGGUCCUUCAAAAAGCAGCAAACAAAUAGACCCUGGAAGUGAUAAAUUGCCCAAUUAUAAAGCAAUAAUCAAUGCAUAUAUUGCUGAAAAUAAUAUUUAUUGCUAUGACUACCAGGAAGCACAAGGAAGUUUAAGUAGUGGAAUGACAAAAGAAGAAGAAGAUGAUGAUGGUGGUGGUGGUGGUGGUCCGAGUAGUGAAAUUUAUGAGUUUUCACAUGAAAGGGAGAUCAAUUUUUGGCCAUUGAAUGAUUAUAAUCAUCAAAAUUCUCAAUAUGAUUCCUCCAAAAAGCAAGUCUUGAAUUCUACGAAGGACAAUUCUCACAUCAAUCUAGAUUUAUCUAUUUCUUCAUAUUUUUAGUAUUAAAAUAAAAUUACGAUCGUCUGAUUGGUGAGAUAAAGAUAAUAAUAAAUGUUAUUUAGUCAUAAGAAUAUCUUAUCGAUUUUAUCUCACCAAUCAAACGAUUGGUAAGUAAUAUAGAAUAGACCUCUAGCUAGCUAAUCUUGUAUUUUAUAUAUAUAUAUAUAUAUAUAUACAUUAAUGUAAGAUAUGAAUAACGUUGUCAUUUGUA